CACUUCAGAAGAGAGAGAGAGACCCCGACCCGACCCGCCUCAAUGGAUCCGUGCCCGUUCGUGCGGAUCCUCAUCGGAGACUUGACCCUCAAGUUUCCCAGCGUCUCCAAACCCUCCUUCUCCACCGUCCACCCUUCCUCCUCUCCAUGCUUCUGCAAAAUCAAGCUCACCAACUUCCCCUUCCAAUUCUCCGCCGUCCCUCUCGUCCUCCCCUCCUCCGCCGGAGCCCAACCCGACCCGAACUCCCGCGCCCACUCCCUCAACGCCUGCUUCAACCUCAGCAAGCCCCAAAUCGAAGCCCUAGCCUCCAAGAAGCCCUCCCUCUCGAUCUCGAUCUACACCGGCCGCCGCGGCGCCACCUGCGGCUUGAACUCCGCCAAGCUCCUCGGCCGAGUCACGGUCCCGUUGGCGGAGCUGGCCGCCGCGGAGACGAGGCCCGUGGUGUACCAGAACGGCUGGAUUGGGAUCGGCGGGAAGAAGAACGGGUCGGGUCAGUCGCAAUUCUUUUUAAGCGUCCGGGCCGAACCCGACCCGAGAUUCGUAUUCAAGUUCGACGGAGAACCCGAGUGUAGCCCGCAGGUUUUUCAGGUUCAGGGGAAUGUGAAGCAGCCGGUGUUUACUUGCAAAUUCGGGUUCAGAAACGCCAGCGAUAUGCAGUCACGGUCAAUGUCCGAGCAGGGCACGCCGAGGAAUUGGUUGGUGCCGUUCAUGGGAAGCAACCAAAAGGAGCAGAGCGCCAAAGAGAGGAAAGGCUGGUCGUUGACCAUCCACGAUCUCUCCGGUUCUCCGGUGGCGGCGGCGUCGAUGGUGACGCCGUUCGUGGCAUCACCCGGGUCGCAGCGCGUGAGCCGGUCGAACCCCGGCGCGUGGCUGAUUCUACGGCCGGAGGACGGGACGUGGAAGCCGUGGGGCCGCCUCGAGGCGUGGCUGGAGCGCGGCGGCUCCGACACCGUGGGGUACAAGUUCGAGCUGCUCAGCACGAUUCUUGCCAACUCCACCGUCAGCGCGUCCAACGGCGGCAAGUUCACGAUUGACUUGACGUCGAGUUUGACGCCGGUGAAUAGUCCCCACAGUAGCUUCGACUUCGGGUCAGGUUCCGGGUCGUCGAGGCCCGGGUCCGGGUCCGGGUCGGACUUCGGGUUCGGGUUGAUCCCUCAGCUGCUGCAGAGAGGGUUUGUGAUGUCGUCGACGGUGGAGGGGAUCGGGAAGUGUAGCAAGCCGGAGGUGGAGGUGGGAGUGCAGCACGUGACAUGCACGGAGGACGCGGCCGCUUACGUGGCGUUGGCGGCGGCGAUGGAUCUGAGCAUGGAUGCUUGCCGCCCGUUUUCUCAGAAGCUCCGGAAGGAGCUGAGGCAGUAG